AGGGAGAUUAGUACGCGAUCAGGUGUGAUCGAUCAGAAGGAAAACGCGUGCUAAACCGCCUAAACAUACAAUACGACUCGUAAAUAAAUAUUCCUCGUCGCACAGGACGUUUCACCGAUCAACAAAUACGCCGCCGUGUCUCUGCUAAUCUCAUCGCGGUAGCGAUGGAUAGGUGAAUGGAUGACGCGGUGUCGCAAUCGAUUCAUGAACCUGUCCGAAUGAACGCAACAUUUUCGCGGCACACAAGGAAGAAAAAAGCGUCAAGUUUCUUCAGCAAGUCGGUGUCGAAUGUGCCGUAUCGGAAGUGCGCGAAUUUGAUUUGAAGACCGCUGGAGCAUAUGCCGUCGGCCAAGUGAGAUCAGAAUCAUCGACUGCGAGCCGGAAUCGAUGAUUUUUCGCAAUAUGGAACUCUGCCAGAAUCGCGAGGAAAUGAGCGAUGCCGUUUACGAUCUUCGCCGGGCGAGAUCGUUGUCGAGCGAGAACGAAGCUUUCUCGAUCAGUAACGAGCAACGAGGUUGCAAAUCGCCGAUCGCUAAUCGGGAGUCCAUCGAGUACGCGUCCGAUUCCAGCUGCGACGGUUACAGAGAGUUUCAGAAACCGCAGGGCGAGAGGCGAAAUUCCUCGCCGAUAGCGGCGUCCAGUGCUUUCACGAUCGACAGUAUCCUCGGGAGAAGCGAGAAGAGAGAUCAAGCUUCAAGAAUGACGAUAGAGAAUAAUUCCGGCGAUAGAGAAGAAGAUCAGGACGAGAUGGACGACAGGACCGAAGGACAUUUUGUCAGGCCUACCGCGAUACCGGCCACCCGACCCGAUAUAGAAGGAAGUUUGUACACUCACACGGGGCUAACAUAUACCGAAGGCGCGUUACCUGACCCUACAGCAUAUUCCGCAACAUCGCUCGCAUCAGCCUCUUUAUUGUACAGUAGCUGGUUUGCUCAAACAAAACCUGGUCAACUGUUUGGCUUGCAAGCACCUAAACCGAGCGGUAGGAGGUCUAGGAAGCCGGGUAUCGAUCGGAAACCGCGUCAAGCUUACAGCGCGAAACAACUGGAGAGACUCGAGGCGGAAUUCAAGAUUGACAAGUAUCUUAGCGUGAGCAAACGAAUGGAACUGUCCAAGUGUCUGAACCUGACCGAAGUGCAGAUCAAGACAUGGUUCCAGAAUCGUCGCACAAAAUGGAAAAAGCAGCUGACGUCGCGGCUCAAGAUCGCACAAAGGCAAGGACUUUUUCCGCCGACGUACUUCCCGACCACCCAGUACCCUCUUCUGCCAUAUUACGCGGCACCUUUGAUGUUUGGCAGCCCGUUAUCAGACGACGCGAGCUCUAACUUGCCGGCACGACCUACCGUAUCGUCCUCGGAUACGGUCUGACGUCGCACAGACUAGAACCACUAGAACUACUGGUCGAUUGUCGGCUGGGCGACUGCGAAGUGCAAUAAGACCUUCCGUUGGCCACUGCGAUGUCUUCGAUAAAUUUUCUCUUUUUUUCUUUUUUGACUUUAUCACGCGGAUAUACUGAGCAAAGGAUCUUCGCGUUCGUAACGCUUUAAGUUGCAUUAAAUUAUUUAUCGUAAACUGAGAUCUGUACGUAACAAUAAACUUAGGUCAAUGCACGAAGAAAAUCUUAAGGUAAUAAGAGCAUGAUUUUGCGUAAUCAAUCACUUCAUUAUAUUAAAAAAAAAAAUGAUAUAUAGCAUAUAAAGUAUAUAUGAAAUAUUUUAUAAGAAAAAAUAGGAUCGCGGAAAA